UUUGUCGUUGUAAACAAACUUUUUAUUAUAUCUGGCCUUUUCUGUGAUCUGAUGAUGGAUUAUAAGUUGUAAAAAUGUAAGAACCAUCGAGGGCUUUGCGCUCCAUAUGGAGAUGAUAUUUUUAACAUAAUUUCACCAGUUUCUUUGGCCUAGCUUUCAGUGUUAUUAGACUUAUUACACCAGGUACACCAGCGUCAAUAUUUUGUUGUUGUUGACAUGUCCUCAAUUCUACUGCCUGUCGGACAGUGUGGAAACCAAAUAGGUCACGAACUUAUGACAUUGCUUCAUAACCAYAGCAGUAGGCAUCCUUUGAGUCACAGAGAUGGGAAAGUUCGUUGUGUUUGCGUUGAYAGUGAACCCAAAGUGAUCGGACAUGUGGCUAGAAGUGAUCAACGACACCACCAACUCUUCAGAGAGGAAAAUAUGAUAGUAGGACAAACUGGACGAGGGAAUAACUUUGCCAUGGGCUACUAUGGAAAUGGUGACAUUACUAAAGAAACUUCUCUUUUGAACAGAACAGUGGAAGCCAUGAGAAAAGAAGUGGAAAGAUGUGAUUAUUUUGCAGGUACACUAGUUAUCCACAGUCUAACAGGAGGAACAGGGUCAGGACUUGGUUCACGACUUGUUGAAACACUCCGUGACACCUUUCCCUUGGCACAUACUGCAUCUGUAGCUGUAUCACCUCAUCUGUCUGGAGAUAGUCCCUURCAGCAUUAUAACUCUCUUUUAAGUCUUGCUACUCUACAAAGAAAUGCAGACUGCAUCACAGUUUUCAGUAAUGAUGAUGUUUUACGGCAUCUUAUAUCUCACAUGAGUWGCACAGCAAAGCAACAGACAUCAAGUAAUGUAUCAUUAAAGCAAAUGAAUCAACUUAUUGCUGCAAGUCUUGCUGGRGUGCUGCUUCCUCUUGAAGAGAAGCCCCAAAAGAUAACGUCAAGUAAAUCUUCAAAUAAAUCCACUCUAAGAAAGAGUGAUAGACAUGCAUCUUCAAUCAUGAAACAAUCUUACAAGCAUUCAUUGCCAGAAAGAAAAGAAAGUCCUCAUAGUUUGUCUGUCAGAUCAGGAAGAAAUCUCUGGUCAGCAAGCUCUAUGAUGUCUACAUCAACAAGUUGUUCAGAUGCUUCAAYCUUUGAUGAUUCAAGUGCAGCAAUGCAGAGGCAACCUAGAGCUACAGUUUCUGCAAUGAUGCGAUAUAGAGGAAUUACACCUGAAGCAAGCUCUGAAAGCAUCUCUCAAUCAAGAACCAAAGACAAGUUUGUUUUCAGUGAAGUAGAAUUUGACAAUGCAACCMGAGGUAGUGAACCAUGGGAAAUGCUCAGGUCUGUUUGUCCUGAACCAUCAAAAAAGUUUACAACCAUUCACCAUUUAAUGAAGCCUAAAUGCACUUGGGAAUCACUUACUCAAUCUUUACUUCACUCUACACAUCGGUACGACAAAGGCGGCAAGCAAUUCUCCUCAUUAAAUGCUUUACUUAUUGCAAGAGGCACUGGAGAAACUCCUUUCAUUGACUCUUUGGCAAAAAUUGAAGAAAGACUCAAGACCUCACUUGGCUGUGUGGAAUGGAAUCCAUUUCCUAUUGAUUAUUGGAUAAGUAAAUACAGUGGUGCAGGCUCAUAUGGUGCACAAUCCCUUACACUUUGUCUCAACUCCAGUCGAAUCAUUGAGUUUCUUCAGGACACAAUGGUAAAGGCAAAAACAAUGUAUGAAGUUGGUGCUUAUGUACACUGGUAUGAGAAACAUGGCUGUACUAAGGAUGAUUUUAAUGAUGCUUUUUCUACGUUAAAUGAUGUGGUGGACGAGUACAGACUUGGAAUAUUGUAGGUAGUCGAGGAGUUAAUCACACCAC